AUGGGCCGCCAAUGGAACGGGGCUAUCCGCGGCUCUCCAAUCAUACCCAUGGGCCGCCGAUGGAACGGGGCUAUCCGCGGCUCUGCAAAUAUGAUCACUUUAUUUCUUUGGCCUCAUACCCCACGGGCCGCCGAUGGAACGGGGCUAUCCGCGGCUCUGCAUCUCAUAUCCCCUGGGCCGCCGAUGGAACGGGGCUAUCCGCGGCUCCUUCAUACCACAUGGGCCGCCGAUGGAACGGGGCUAUCCGCGGCUCCUGCAAGUCGGAUCAAUUAUUUCGUUGUAGUCAUACCACAUGGGCCGCCGAUGGAACGGGGCUAUCCGCGGCUCUGCAUCUCAUAUCCCCUAGGCCGCCGAUGGAACGGGGCUAUCCGCGGCUCUACAAGUCAGAUCGAUUAUUACAAUUAUUACAUUUCAUACAUCAUGGGCCGCCGAUGGAACGGGGCUAUCCGCGGCUCUGCAUCUCAUACCCCAUGGGCCGCCGAUGGAACGGGGCUAUCCGCGGCUCUGCAUCUCAUAUCCCCUGGGCCGCCGAUGGAACGGGGCUAUCCGCGGCUCUACAUCUCAUAUCCCCUGGGCCGCCGAUGGAACGGGGCUAUCCGCGGCUCUCCAAGUAAGAUCAAUUGUUACAAUUACUAUAUUGUGGUCGUCAUUUUUCCGCCGUCGCAACGGUUGCAUCGGGGAUUCACAUAG